AAUUACGAGAUUCCCCGAACGAAUAUUUAUGGCGUCGUUUGGAGGCGCUUGUAGAAUGCAUGGUAUCAGAAGAUCAAGGAAUCCCCAUAAGAAAUGUCAAAAACUUCAUGUCAGUUAUACCUAGUGUUUUCUCAGGUAGCGAUAUAGUACUUUGGUUCAUGGUGCACGCCGGCGCCGAUGACGUGGCCGAGGCUGUGCAUCUGGCUAGCCGAAUCGCUGCAAUGGGAUACCUCUUCCCUAUCGAUGAUCAUGCAAUGACAGUGAAAAAUGAUAGUCACACCUACUAUCGCUUCCAGGCGCCCUGUCUCUAUCCUUCGCGCUGUGUGGAGGCAGACACCGUCGACUACGCAGUUUACCUGUGCAAACGCACGAUGCAGAAUAAGCACCGGCUUGAGUUGGCCGAUUUCGAAGCGGAGAGAUUGGCCAGUUUGCAGAGCCUGUACUAUCACAAAUGGGAGUUCAUCUACAUGCAGGCCGAAGCUGAGAUGAAAGUUGACAAAAAGCGCGACAAACUGGAGCGUGUGGUGUUGGAGUCACAAGAGGCAGCCUUCUGGAACGUUCAUCGGCCCGCUCCGGGUUGCGUCAACACCACAGAAGUGGAUAUGCGUAAGCUUUGCCGCGCUAAGCGUCCUAAAAAGACGGGUUUGGCUGCCGGACGGCUACACCCCGUCACUUUUCCCAUUCCUGUUGCCAGUGGCAGCGCAGGAAAUCUUCUUUUUUCCGUACUGGAAGGUCUUUCGCCUGCAGAGAAAGUUACGAAGCUUCGAGCUUCGGAGCAUAAACGGAUUAAGGCUUCGAAAGCCAUUGAAAAUCUUCAGAAUUACUGUGAUCAGUACUUCGACUUUGACAUGCUGCUCUACUGUGCUACGGCAUCGACAUCUGCUAGUUGCUUUGAUGGAGGUGGCGGUGGAAGUGGUGGCGGGGCUGGAGGCGCUUCCAAGGCUUUAGCCAAUGCCGGCGGUGUAGAUAUGGCUGGAGCUGGGGCUGGUACAUCUGCUGUAUCAACUGCACACCAUCUUCUGUUGCCGCGGAAGACCAGCGCUGGCCUGAACGUUACACAUGGUGCUGUAGUUAAUCUCAUUCUUGGACCACCGCCCACCUCUUCAUUAACUGGAGCUUCCAGCGAAGUUCAAAUGGACCUCGCGGGACAAAGUAAUCCUUGGCUGUCCGACAACGUUACAGUCGCAGCUGAAAACUACUGGGGGUCCAGUAUCGCCGUUGGCGCUGGCAGCAGCGGCCUUAACAGUGCUGUUCAACUCGGUGAACUCUCGAUACCACGCGUGAAACGAUGGUCCUUCUCUUUCCAGGAACUCCUUAAAGAUCCUCUCGGCCGUGCCAAAUUCCAGUGUUGGUUGGAGAAAGAAUUCGCUGCGGAGAACCUUAUGUUCUGGCAGGAGUGUCAGGACCUAAAGAGUGCACCUCUGAGGGAACUUCCUCAAAGGAUUCAGUCAAUAUACUUACAUUAUCUCUCCUUGACAGCUCCAGAACCCGUGAAUGUUGAUAGUAAAGUUCGGGAGGCAGUGUUUCGACGCUUGGGUCUACUUCGUCUUCUGCCAUCAAUGAAUCAAGAGACAGGAGGAAUGGAACCGCUAAUGGAGGGAAAUAUGCUGGAGCCACCAUCGCUCAACGCUACCGCGCCCUCGGUCUCAGUGGCAGUAGGUGCUGGAGCCUCUCAUGCAGAUCGUUAUUGCUUUGAGGAGGCGGAGGAGCAGAUAUUUCAGCUAAUGAAGUCUGCAUCGUAUUGCAGGUUUUUGCGAUCUGAUAUUUACAGAGAGUUGUUUGCAAACUCUGCAACAAAGAAGAAGCAAUCGAAAAAGCAUCGCGUAGCUGUUAGCAGCGGUGGUGUCGGGAGCGGAGCCGCGGUUUUCUCAAGUAACGACUAG